GCCUCUUCUGAAGUGCGCAAGCGCGCUUGUGUCUGGCGGUAUUGCUUGUUGCCGGUUACUGAGAAGUGGCAGCUACCAAAAGGCGGAUCCUCACUGCUGGGGUGUUGUGGCCAGGCGGGUUUGGCCUGUCUCCGGCGCUAGUGUUGGGCUCGGGAGGUAGUGGAAAGGGAGGGCGGGGUGAAGUCUCUGUGGAGCCCGCAGGCUUCACAAUGAAGAGGAAUUGGGGGUUCGGGAGGGAGAAGGGCAUGUCGCCCUUGGGCUCCGCUUCUGGCUUGCAGAGGCAGGGCAGGGGCGUUGGGCAGAAGAACAAUGGAAUUGACAACUUGCUGCUGGGUUACCAUGUCCAAGACAGAGAUCUCAGAAAGAUCCACAAGGCUGCCUGUGUGGGCAACGCAGCGCAAGUGCAGCAGAUUCUGUUCUUCGCGGAAAAUGGCGUGGAUGAUAGAGACAAAAUGAACAGGACUGCUCUCCAUUUGGCCUGUGCCAAUGGCCAUCCAGAAGUGGUGAGCCUCCUAGUAGAGAGGAAAUGUCAUCUUAACCUCUGUGAUCAUGAAAACAGGACAGCUCUCAUGAAGGCCGUACAGUGCCAGGAAGAGAAAUGUGUAAACAUACUAUUGGAAAAUGGUGCCGAUCCAAAUAUUAGGGAUGUGAGUGGCAACACUGCUCUCCACUAUGCGGCCUUUGGUGAUAAUAUAUCCAUAAUAGAGAAGCUGCUGCUAUACAAUGCGAAUACUGAAGCAAGAAAUAAGGAUAACAUCACACCACUUCUAGUUGCCGUAAAUGAAAACAAACAGCAAAUAGUGGAAGUUCUGGUAGAAAAGGCAGCAAAUAUACAUGCAGAGGAUAAAUUAAAAAGGUGCAGUAGUUUUCUUUUCAACCUUAGUAUGGUUCUACAGUGGUAAUAAUUAUUCAAGUCAGGAAGAUUAACUUCAGAAGAAGAAGAUUAAUUUAUAAUUAUAUAGUGAAAAAUGUCAACACAUCACCAGUUAGGUAGAAAGCAAUUAUUCUGACUGGGCAACAUGAAGAACAGGGUAUAGCAGAAUUCAUAUUCCUUGAUGAUGUUGACUCAUGUCAUUUGCAGUGUUUAUUUUUAAGUAGGUUCCAUGUUCGGCGUAGAGUCCAAUGCUGGGCCUGAACUCAUGACUCUGAGAUCAAGACCUGAGCUGAGGUCAAGAGUCUGAUGCUUAAACAACUGAGUCACCCAGUU